GCCCCACCCACCCCCUGCUCAGUGCCCCGGAUGUAGGCUCGAUUGCUGUUGGUGCUGGUGCGCACGCGCGGUUUGUGUGAGGGAUCUUGUUGUCCGCGGCCUGGGCCGCCGGAAGCAACGGAGGUUUCUUCACUUCGAAUUCGAUGAGAAGGUGAAGAAUCCGCACACUCCUUUGUGAGCUUGUGUAUCUGCUAGGGGGUUACACGUAGGCAUUGCCCUUUGAAGCGUUGAGGGUUGAACAAAAGCCUGGCAUCGUAGCAUCUGCGCCCAUUACGUCCCUCCUUGAGUAGCAAGCUGGAUCCCACCGACAAUAUGUCCAUCACAAACACCCCCACAAGUAACGAUGCUUGCUUGAGCAUCGUGCACAGUCUCAUGUGCCAUCGGCAAGGAGGGGAGAGCGAGACUUUUGCUAAGCGGGCCAUUGAGAGCCUGGUCAAAAAGCUGAAGGAGAAGAAGGAUGAACUGGAUUCACUGAUAACGGCCAUAACCACCAAUGGUGCGCACCCCAGUAAAUGUGUCACUAUUCAGAGGACGUUAGAUGGCCGGCUGCAGGUUGCCGGUAGAAAAGGCUUCCCCCAUGUCAUCUAUGCUCGCCUUUGGAGGUGGCCAGACCUUCACAAGAAUGAACUGAAGCAUGUGAAGUACUGUCAGUAUGCUUUUGAUCUAAAAUGUGACAGUGUUUGUGUCAAUCCUUACCACUACGAACGAGUUGUAUCCCCUGGAAUAGAUCUUUCAGGACUGACGCUGCAGAGUUCUGCCCCAUCCGGCUUGUUGGUGAAGGAUGAAUAUGGCCACGACUAUGCGGAAGGGCAGCAGUCAAUUUCUGCAGGAGAUGGACUUUCAAUUCAGACCAUCCAGCACCCACCAAGCAGCAGGUCCUCCACUGAAACUUAUAGCAACCCAGCCCUGUUGGUACCGAGUGAACCCAGCACACCCAAUCCCACCAGUUUCUCCAGCAUUCCUGUCCCAUCAACAAGUCAACCAGCAAGUUUACUGGCAGCAACUCACAACGAUGGGCUGCUCUCCAUCGCUCCUGUGCCUCCCCAAGGGACACAAAAUGGCUUCAGUGCUCAGCCAGCAACAUAUCAUCAUAACAGUACUACAACCUGGACUGGAAGUAGAACAGCAGCUUACACACCUAAUAUGUCUCACCAUCCGAACGGACAUCUUCAGCAUCACCCACCCAUGCCCCAUCCUGGACAUUACUGGCCUGUCCAUAAUGAGCUUGCAUUUCAGCCACCAAUCUCAAAUCACCCGGCUCCUGAUUAUUGGUGCUCCAUUGCCUACUUUGAAAUGGAUGUUCAAGUGGGAGAGACCUUUAAAGUUCCCUCAAGCUGUCCCAUCGUCACUGUUGAUGGAUAUGUGGACCCAUCUGGGGGUGAUCGGUUUUGCUUAGGCCAGCUUUCCAAUGUUCACAGAACAGAAGCCAUCGAGAGGGCAAGGUUACAUAUAGGAAAAGGUGUGCAGCUGGAAUGUAAAGGAGAAGGGGAUGUCUGGGUUCGCUGUCUCAGUGAUCAUGCAGUGUUUGUCCAGAGCUAUUACUUGGACAGAGAAGCUGGAAGGGCACCAGGGGAUGCCGUGCACAAAAUUUAUCCCAGCGCAUAUAUUAAGGUGUUUGAUUUACGCCAGUGUCACCGACAGAUGCAGCAACAAGCCGCAACCGCACAAGCAGCAGCCGCAGCUCAAGCAGCCGCAGUGGCAGGCAACAUCCCAGGACCAGGCUCCGUGGGGGGAAUAGCCCCGGCUAUCAGUCUAUCAGCGGCAGCAGGAAUCGGCGUGGAUGAUUUGCGUAGACUCUGUAUCUUGAGGAUGAGUUUCGUUAAAGGUUGGGGUCCCGAUUACCCGCGGCAGAGCAUUAAGGAGACCCCCUGCUGGAUCGAAAUCCACUUGCACCGCGCUCUGCAGCUGUUGGACGAAGUCCUCCACACUAUGCCUAUUGCUGAUCCUCAGCCUCUGGACUGACCAAUCACAGCCAGGCACCAUCGCUAAUGUAACCAGUACAUUAAUAGGAUGGGAGACUGUCAUAUGACCUUUGUAACCAUAAAUAUAUAUAAAUAUAUAUAUAAUAUACAUAUCUACUUACUCGCUCCAACCCAGGGUAAAGUCAAUACAAUUGUAUUAUUUCCUCUUUGUAUUAUGAGUAGCGAUUCUCCUGUUUACACGACUACCCCCGCACCUUUACAUGAUUCUAUGUAUUACAGGACAUACGGACUUUGGGAACGUGUAAAGAUUCAUUUAAGCAAUGGCCAGGUCUCCAGAGCCACCAACUUAAAUCUAUUGGCUGCCCAGUCUGCUUACAAGAAAUCUCAUUGGCUGCAGCCUUUACGGUUGACUUGUCUGGAUAUUUAAAUAUCCAUCUGUCAGUAAAUACAUUGCAAAGACUUUAGGCCAUUAAAAACGAAAACAAGAGAAUAGAAAAGUGACAAAAUGAAAGGUGAUAGGCAGGGACGGGCGAAUCUGCCCUGUUUCGUUUCGACAAAUUUGCUGCCGAUGAAAUAUCGCGACACCCAUUAGUCUAUGGGCGUCAAAAAUUUUUUGGACAUGCUGCAAAUUUUUUUUUGACACACCAUUAUUUUUUUUGACGCACAACGCCUUACAAGUCUAUGGGCGUCAUCUAAACAAGGCGAAAAAAUUCGCCCAUCCCCAGUGGUCUUGCCAAGCUGCGUCCUACUAAUAUGGCUCCUUGUUUAGGAAAGGCUAAAAGUAAGUAAGCUUUAUCAGAAAGGUCUAUAUAAAUACACCAGUAAACCCUCAAAGUAAUGCUGCUCUGAGUCCUCUGUCAAAAGAAACUAGUGAUGCACAAAUCCACCAUUUGGGAUUGCAUAUGCAAUUCGGUUCAGUAUUCGGCCGAAUAUUUCACAGAGGAUUCGGCCGAAUACGGAACCGAAUUGCAUAUGCAAAUUAGGGGCAGGAAAGGAAAAAGUGGAAAAAUGUCUUUUGUGACGAAAAGUCGCAUUAUUUCCCUACCCACCCCUAAUUUGCUCAUGCAAAUAAGGAUUCAGUUUGUCUGAAUCCGAAUCCUGCUGAAGAAGGCCAAACUGAAUCCUGGAUUCGGUGCAUCCCUUAAAUAAACACAUUUCUUUCCUUCUAUUGUGUACUCAUGGGCUUCUGUAUAAGACUUCCUGUUUUCAUCUAAACCUCCAAGGCUUGGGCUUGAGCAUGCUCAGUUUGCUCCUCUCAGGCAGGAAGUGAUGUCACACCAAGCUAAUAUGGCAGCUGCUAUCCUAAACAAACAGAAAACUUCAAGAGCUGUUUACUGAAGUACGGUAAAGCAUUUUGCAGAAUAAAUAGUGUUAUAGCUUGCACCAUUGUGGCUAAUCUAUUGGCAAUAAACUGUCUAUGUAGCUUUUCUUCUCCUUUAAAGGCAAAGUAAAACACUAACACUAUCAAUGCAAGUCAGAACCUUAUGUAACAAGUAACUAUUAUAAAAAACAUGGUUCCCAUUUCUAUAUAAAGCCCAUUCACCCUUGUCCCCCUUGUAGCGGUGACCCUUGAUAGUGUCUCUGGUUAAACAUUGGUGAAUAAUUGCCAGUAGCCUCCUCCCUCUUUAUUUAUAAGGCCUGGUUUCGUGCCGUACUACAUUGCUGUUACAUUUAGAAAGAGACCUGUUUGUUAAAAGGAAAGUUGAGCUUCACGAUAACCCCGAGUAACUUUUCAGCUGGCCUCCGUUUUUUAUCAUUUUUGCAGUUGUCUUCCCAUCCUGCCUUUUUGCUGCAGGAGCUUUCCUACUCCUCUUCCAGUCUCUCAUGCAAACCGCUGUCUUGUUGCUAAGGUUAAUUGCACCCCGGCAACCAGAUAGCUACUGAAACUAACGCUGCAGAGCAAAGCCUUAAAAAAGGCCAAUUGCAACUUGAUAUAAUUUAGAUACUCCUAAAAGGCAAAUACCCCCUUAAAGGCCUGUCUAUACCCCCUAAUCCUAAAGUACCUUGAUAGUGUCUCUUGUUUAAGUCCAAAAUGCUGAUUAAAGCCCUCCCCCAAUGUAUACGGCCUGUUUAUCCCAUGUGCUGUACUGCAUUACCACUUUCUUGAGAUCUGGUUGUUAAAGGGGAAGUUAAUCCUAUUCAUAGCCUCUUUUGAGUAUAUAUUUUUCUUUUUAAAUUAUUUGCCUCUUUCCAGUUUGCAAUUUCAAAUGCUGUUUGGGGGGGGGGGUCACUGACCCGAGCAUCCAAAAACCUACUGCUUUCUGAUACUACAGUUUCAUUUCUAUUCAGUCUUUUCUCUUCUAAUCAUCUUCUAGUCUGUUGUUCCACACCACUGUCUGGUUGCUUGGUUAAAUAGAACUACAUUAUGGCUUAAAUUGCAAAUUGAAGAGCAACUGGGAGAGAGAGAACACCAUAAGGAUUAAUUGGAAAUGGUCUCAGAAUAUCCCUAUCUGUGUCUUAAAUACAAGGUUAAUUCUACCGUCAACUUCCCCUUUAACCCAACUGAAAGUCAACCUUAAUUCCCCUCCCUGUGGGUUUUUUUUUCAUGUAUUUUCAGCUUCGUCAGUUACUGAACUCCGCCCCUUUUUGUAAAUUGCUGAAUGAAUUCUUUAUUGCUGCCAAUUGUAUAUAUUUUUUUUUUUAAGUUGCCAAUUUUGUCUUAAAUUCUUAAAAAAAAAAAAAGAGUCCCAUGUAUUUGUGUAAACUGUCACUUUUAAUGAAAUGCCUCGCUGGAGUCGUCCCUCUUGUAUUAAUGAAUGAUUCUAGUUAACGAGUUAAGCAGCCAAUGAAAAAGGGCCGCCCUCUUUCCGCAGGCAUGUGACCUUGUACAGACUGUAGCCCCUAUGGUUUUAGCCGGGCCCAGAGCCGCCAUCUUGUAUGUCAUGCUUUUUAUCUCCAUGUUAUUCCCAUUAAUAAAGUGCUGCCGAACCCGCAGGGAAUACUGCAACUUUUUUUAUUAUUAUAUCCCGCGACUGUUGUAGCAACUUGAUUUGUCGACAUGUAAAGUAGGAAGUGACUUGUGUUCUAACAAAUUGCUCAUUCUCAAUAAACGCUCAUUGGUUUGUUA